ACCUGUAUAUGAUGUUUUGCGCACUGGGAGCCAGGACUCACAUUAUGGAUAUGCACCGCAACCAGAGGAGCAGAUUUGGAGAGCCGGGGUGAAUUUCUCCAUCAACGUCAACUACUUUAUUCUACUUAAAUCCUUUAAAGUCAUAUGUGCAUGAUUAUGUUGAGAAUGCGUCGUUCCUUCGUGGUGCUUGUGACUUUUAUAAAACUGUCUCCGUUCCGGCACACAGUAUUCGUUUUCACUGUGGUUGUUGUUUACCCGUUUGUGUUUGGCCGAGUUUGAGUAGCGGUGCCCUUCCCAGGAUAUAUGUUUACCGCUGCUGCCGCAUCAUUACGACCCUGCCUCUGACUCACCAUCACAUGCUGCCCAAUGCAACUGCCGACCCACUGUUUUGAUUCAUAUGACGCGCAAACACAGGGGCGCGCUGCCAGGGAUUGGGAACUCUUUAGGACUCUUUUACGCAUGAAGGAUUCUUAUGUUUUGUGUUCCCCAGACGGAGAGGACGUGGGCGACCACUUGUCCCUAAGUUAGAUUUUUCUUCAGUCAUUUAGAUUUUAGAUGUCUGUACUGUCUUUUCCCCUUCUGCAUCUGUUUUGGUUGGAAUACACCUCCGCAUGGAUUUAGGCUGAUGAUGUGUAGCAUGCAAAUGUCCAGCAUGUAAUUAGUUUUGUGAUUAACACGCCUACUCCUCUUUUGAACAAGUACUCAACUCCAAACAGCGUUGGAGCACUCUAGAGCGCAGAUGAAGUGGAUCAUUUGGAUUGCCCGAAAAUAGCCUCAUGUUUAUGUUGGACUUUGGAGAGGACUAUUCGUUCCCUGGAGGAUCUUGGUUGGUUUUUGGCCGAUCAGAAUUGUGACUUCUUCCAGCUUCACUGCGUACGCAACAUUGUGUGAAACGCGCUCAAGGAUCUCGAUUUUUACGCACGGCUGCCAACUUUUGCCAUUACUUGUGUGACUCAGCAACAGACGAUGGGAGGAAAGGGCAGCGCCAAGGGGCUUGAGGAGUCCCAGACCCGGGGUCCCUUCAGCAGUCAGGGCCAGGCACGGCCCCGUAAAUAACCGCGCGGCGACAGCAUGCCCUCUUGGCCAAAUCUCUCGGAGUGCCUCUCCCUUAACUGCAGCUGGGAGGAGACCCGCAACGCCACAAGGAAGUUUGAUCUCGGCCUGCCUCCUCUCAACUACUACUCAAUCCCUCUUCUUACAGGCAUCACCAUCGCCUGCACGCUGCUGUUUCUGGUCGGGGUGGCCGGUAAUGUCAUGACCAUUUUGGUGGUCAGUAAGUACCGGGACAUGCGCACAACCACCAACCUUUACCUGUGCAGCAUGGCAGUAUCCGACCUGCUCAUCUUCCUCUGUAUGCCGCUGGACCUCUACCGUAUGUGGAGGUACAGGCCCUGGCGGUUUGGGGACGCGCUCUGCAAGCUCUUUCAGUUCGUGUCAGAGUCAUGCACCUACUCCACCAUCCUCAGCAUCACCGCGCUGUCAGUGGAGAGAUACCUGGCGAUCUGUUUCCCGCUGCGUGCCAAAGCUUUGGUUACCAAAAGGCGGGUACGCGCCCUCAUUCUUCUUCUCUGGACAGUGUCUCUACUGAGCGCCGGUCCCGUGUUUGUCAUGGUGGGAGUGGAGCGUGACAGCAUGUGGCCAGGAAAUCUCAGUUGGGUGGGAAUGAAUGGGACUGGGUUCUUCCCGGAGGAAGGAGACACCCGGGAGUGUAAAAUGACCCAUUACGCAGUGGAGUCCGGCCUGAUGGGGGCCAUGGUGUGGCUGAGCUCUGUGUUCUUCUUCAUGCCGGUGUUCUGUCUCACAGUGCUCUACAGCCUCAUCGGUCGGCGGCUGUGGCAAAGACACAGAGAAACGAACAUAAACUCCCGUGUGGCGCAUCGGGAGAAAAGCAACAGACAGACCAUCAAGAUGUUGGUGGUGGUGGUGUUGGCCUUUGUCCUGUGCUGGCUGCCGUUCCAUGUAGGACGCUACCUGCAGUUCCGUUCUCUGGACGCUCCAUCCCCGCUGCUGUCUCUGUUGUCCGAGUACUGCAGCUUAGUGUCUGUGGUUCUCUUCUACCUGAGCGCCGCCAUCAACCCCAUCCUCUACAACAUCAUGUCCUGGAAAUACCGGGGCGCAGCGGCGCGUCUCUUCGGCCUGAUCGACAGCCAGCCGCCCCGAGGCCGCACAGCCAGCACCGUGAAGGGAGACGGCUCGAACGGCUGGACGGAAUCCACAAUCAGCUUCUAAACAUAUGAUCGUCAAAAUGUCACAAGUCAUAAGUUGAUAACCUAAAAAGCCAUUAUUUUUGCGUGGCCGGGGAAAAAAAAAAAUCUUCUGUAGGCCUGCACAAGCGUUUAUUUGCCUUUAUUUGACUGUGACUAAAAGAAGCUGAGGAUGGGAAAAGCGCGAGCCAAAAAAAGCUGCAACCCUCUGUUCACUUCGUCCACACGAAUCAAUAGACCUUCGAUUUUUCUCCAACAGUUUCAUUUUCUUGUUGGAUUAUUUCAACACGUGCUCCAUUCAAACAACACACUCAGCAGCAAUCUGAAAAAAGUACGACCGGUGGAGUGUAAAAUACGCACUGGUUCACACACUGAAGUUCUUGUAUUGAUCCAAAUGUGAACGCCAUAUACAGCAGGGGCGCGCGUACCCGCAUACACGCGCACACACGUACAGUAAAUAUCUUAGACAUCUACAAUUGCCUUAUAUUGUAUUCAUAUUCUGGAUGACAAAGGAAGCACUGUAGAACUUGAGGCACUUCUCUGUACUCCUUCAGAGAGGGGCAGAGGUGCAGUGUGUGGUAACACUUUUUACAGAAAGGCGCACAAAAACGUGGGUAGUUACUGAGGAGCAAGUGAGGAACCAAUCAGGAACGACUUAAAAUCAAAUCAAAUCAAAUCAAUCUUUAUUUAUAUGGCGCUUUUCAUACAGAAAAAAGUACCUCAAAGUGCCUUACAGAAACAAACAAACAAGAGCAGAAAAAUAGAAACAGCAAAAUAAAAAAAGGAGAAGAUAGUUAAAAGAACCCAAACCCUCCCACCCCUUUAGACAUGGACAGAGACAUACACAGUCAUACACACACUCACACAUAAAGAAACAUUAAUGAGUAUCCCUUGAA